AUGCACAAGAUGAAGAUCACCUGCAACCUCGUCCAACAACACCUUGACCGCAAGAUUGGCAAUGAUGUUGCCAAUACCGUAUCAUCUAGAGAGAAAUAUGGCCAACAUCAGAACAAGAGCAUCAAGGUGGAUCACCAUGUUGCAACUCCAUAUUUCACUGCGGAGCAGAAGGCAGAGAGAGCAAGAAAUAGGCUCCCAGGUGCUAGCGCAGCAACAUGUGCUGGCAGAGCAGCCAGCCUGUUUGCCAGUGUCAAUAUUGUCGGCACCUUAAACUCAAACCCAAACUUGACUACUGCGACUGCAAAAAUCCCAGAGAACCCACAGAUUGCUGGCAACCUGACACCCCUGUUCUAUUCUUCCUCUUCCCCUGUGCCGACUGUUCAUCCGACUGCGCCCCCGAAUUCGAGUACAUCCAUCAACAACUUUGAUCGUGACACAGAUCGUGGCAUAAUGUCUCACAAACCGAAGCUCCUUACCUGUCCUGAAUGGAUGUAUGACCUGGAUGACAAAGACCUGAAGCGCGUUGCCGGUAUCGACAAUCGACUGACGACGAGCAUCAUCGACACAUGGGCUUGUCCCUUCCAACAAUCUCAUGCAGGCGUUGAUCGCUAUGACAGGCCGUCUUGCAUACAUACAUCUCAGUGGAUCAUGCCAGCAUUCCGGGAAGUUGGGACGGGAAAGCUGGGUCACUGGUACCUGAUUGUCUGGUAUAUUGACCGCACCUCUAUCUUCGUCUACGACAGUUUGGGACCAUCAGGUGACCAUAGUACAGCUGUGCAGGCUGUACGACAUUCAGGCAAGUAUCUGACUCCUUUCAAUCAUCGGUCAACCUGUCAGCGGUUGCUCUCAUGCCACCCCUAUGGAUCCGAUCAGUCUGAAGCAAAUGACACGCCUUUGACGACCCAGGGGCAGGCUCGGUCCUGGUCCAUGUGCCAAGCCCAACUGUUGGAAGCAGCAACGGCACGACGAGCUCAACAGGGGGAUGAGGCACGAGGUGCAUGCUGCCAAUCAGCACGUCUCAGUUCACAAGGAGGUGGGAGUCUAUCCCCUCGCCUCUUAACCAGUCCCUUUGAGCUCGAGUCAACCGGUGGUCUUGGCCCAGACCCAACUGCAAUCUCCCGAACAAACACUCCGGUAGCGGGUUCGGUUCGAUUUGAUAUGAUUCGAUUCUGGAGAUUCAGUAUGCGGGUGUUGCAUGGUAUGCGAGCACUGGCCAUCGGUGAUCUAUCGCGGCCUAUCAUGGCGCGUGGCGAUUAUCAACUUCCAUCGGGUUCUGCGAUGCCAAAGAAUCCACGACUAGACGAAGAUGAUCCAAUUCAAAGUCCCAAGCGUCACAAAGGAUCCAGCCCGCAGACCCUCUCACCUUCCAGCCAUGAUGGAAACCCCUGCCUCGACAUAUACACUCUCCCCGUCGACCAGGUCAGCAUCCUCUUGAUGGCCGAAAACCUGAGGAAGUGGAUAUCGUCCCUCCUGAAAGCAAGACGACCAACGGAAGCCAAGAGGCUGGUCGGCAAAGUGAUGAGACACCAUGAAGCUUCAGCAGACCUCGCUACCCAGGUUGCCGAUGAUCUUUGGCAGUAUCUCCUGCGGAGCUUUGCGGAAUCUUGCAACGGUUUACGUUCGAUACAGCUCCAAGAAACCCGCCAUCAGGACAUGCUGGACAACAUAGACAAAGGCUGGGUGCAAGGAUGGCGAAACACCCUUGGAUUUGACGACGGCUAUCAACCCGGCUGGCAGCUCAAAUAUUCGCUAUACGCGGUCUUCCAGACGAAGGUGGAGAUGUGUGCGUCUUCGUGA